GACUUAAUUUUACAUGUUCUGAAGAACGGUUCUUGAUUUCGAAUUGAUUUCUAGUUAAGCAAAUAUCGUACGAGGAUAAAUCCGUGUGCAAUUUAUUUUAACAUUGUGGAAGUGUGGGUUCUAAUGUAGCUUAUAAAAUAUUUCAAACACUACAUUUUAUUAAUAUAAUCGUGAGCGAUAAGCCAUAGACAAAUUUUAUUGUAGUACGAGUACGGCCCGAAGAGUAUAGCCUAAUUUUAUACGGGAGUCAAAUAGAAUGAGCAUCAAGCAAGAUGAGACUGUGGCUUCGAACGAGUUUGGAUUACCGGAAUGUCGAACGUGUCUUCAAGCGCUCGAUGCUAACUCUGUUUUGGUAGAUUUAUUUCAAUGUUGGGUGCCGCCUUGGGACGGAAUGGAGUCAACAAUAGCUGAGGAUUUGGCAAAACUGGCGAAUAUCCAGAUCACACAGUCAGAUAGAUAUUCCAAAGUCAUAUGUGAGCCAUGCUGCCUAAAGCUACAGAGUGCGUGUGAUUUUGCCUGUAGUGUUAGAAAAAAUGACCGGUUUCUUAGACAAAGAUUUCCAUCUACGCCUGAGAAAAUGGAAAAUUGCAACAAGACAGUGUGGCCCAAACCUAUUCAAUUAGACAAAAACAUUAAUGGCUCUGUUUAUGAAAAUGUUAUGGGUGUAGAAAUUAAGCAGGAAGUGCUCUCUGAUGAUGAGUAUACAAGUCAGAAUGCAAUGGAAGAAUGUAGAGAGACUGAAUUAGCAAAUCUUGAAAUUAAAAUAGAACCCGAAGAGUUAAUAAAACAGCAGCCAAUGCAGAUAGACGAACAUGUGAAGACCAUAACAGAACAAACACAGCCUGAUAAUACUAUUUUAAAUGGUCAUUUACAUGAUACAAAGGAUAAUGUUAUUGGAUUAACAAAUGGCAUUGAUAGUAAAAUAGAUAUCCCUAAGGUAAAAGAAGAGCCUGUAAGUGAUGAAGACGACGGAGAGGCAAUACCCACCGACCUCCCUUUGGAGUGUAUGUUAUGUUGCAAAGAAUUUAACAGCAUAUCUGGUUUAAAGGCACACGUAAUCGCUCAACAUUCCUAUAAAACUGUAAGAAGAAAGACUGAUAAAAUUUCCCCAGAGAAGAGGCAAAAGAAACACAGUUUCAUUUGUGGAACAUGUCAAAGGAAAUUCACAACAUCAACAGACCUUAUGGUGCAUGAGACGUGUCACAACAAGAGUGUUUGCUAUGCCUGUUCUGCUAAGUUUGAUACAUUCGAACAGCUUACAAGGCAUAGUCGACGGUGUAAAGCCAUAGUCAAUAAGGAAGUGCGCAAGCCAAAGACUUUGGAGGAUGUGAAGAGGUGAAUAAUGUGGCCUAUAUUCCAAGAUCUACUAAGAGUUAAUAGCACUGAAAAAAAACCAACCAAACAUAUGUUAAAAUGUUCAAAAUGCAAUGAAGAAUUCAGUAAUGAAUAUUAUAUGACAAUCCAUGAAGAAAUUCAUCAUUCGGUAAAUAGUGAAAGAAUGAAGAAUAAGGGAGGAAGAAUAAGUGAUAUCAAAACUGCAGUGAAUAACCUAAAUAGUUUAUUUGGUAGUAGUAAUUCGCCGUGAUUUUAGUAUGGUCUGUUUAAAUAGAAAAUUGAAGGGGGUCAUAACAUUUUGUAAAAAAAAUUGGUUCAUAAACUAUUUAGGUGGCAAAAUUGUCUUAUUUUAAAUUUAAAUAACUUUGAGUAGGUCUUUUAACCAUGUAGUGGCUGUGUAAGAAUAUCCACUACCCCAUAUUGUUCCGAGGGUGUCGUAAGAGGCGACAGAGGGAAAAUGAAACAGAAGAUGAUCUUCCUGAUAACAACUUAAAAUAUUUAAAAGCUGCGGUUGCCAACCCGCCUGCUCAGCAUGGUGACUAUGGCAAAAUCUCCCCAUGAGGCAAUUUAUGAGGAAGGCAAAUGUUCAGCAGUGGAUUUUUAUAGGCUGUAAUGGAUGGAAGUAGGUCUUAGUUGACGGAGUUCACGUAAUAUAAAGAGCAGCAAAGAUUUUAAGUUUUAAAUUGAUUAUUUCGGGAAUGACAUACCCUCUUAAUAAUCUCAAGUGUAUGCACUGAUUUGUGAACUAAAAUUAAAGAUAAAAGCUUCGUUGAGGAAAUUUAACAAACGAUCUGUCUGUUUAGACGAGUGUAGUAUGUGCCUCCCAAUACAUGGUAAUAUACGUUAAUAAUUAUUGUUCACUUGAUUAAUCAAUCAUAAAACAAUAGAUGUGAUUUCUGAUUUUUUGUCGAGCAACAAUAGAGUUGAUAAUAUGAGAACCUUCAUACACUCCCAUAGACUAAACAGCUUUUCGUUUAAAAUUGUAUGUUUGGUUAUACUUUUUGUGCCACCUUUUUCUUCAUUAAGUAACUCAUUGUAUUCGAAGAACCAAUGGCUUCCAAAGCAAGAAAGCUAACACUAAUUUAAACUUUGACUUCACUUAUUUUCCACCGGAAGUCGGCUAAGGCAAAAAGCCCCCCUGCAUGAUUGUUUGUAUGAAUAUAAAAAAAAUGUUGGUUUGCCAUUUUUAAUUUUACUUCAUACUUUAUUUGUACAUGAUGAACAUUGUAAGUGAAAGCAUCUGUAAAUAUUUGUGGAAGGUUUUAAGUAUGUAAUGCAUUGUGAUUUAUUGAAUAAUGAACAUUUUUAAAUAUAUAUAGCUGUAUUUUACAGUAAGC